AUGCCAGACUCAUUAUGUAUCAAUGGAACGUUACCCAAUACACCAGAUGGAUGGAAUGAUCUGUUGGUGCCAAUGGAUACCAUGGGUAUCUUGCUAGGAGUUGUCCUUAUUCUGGGAGGUGUAGCAUCAACCUUGCCACAAUGGUACAACAUACUCAAGUCACGCUCAUCUGCAGGUCUAAGCUAUCUCUGGCUAUUCCUAGGCAAUGUAAAUCAAUACUCUGCUGCAAUCAAUAUAUUCAUGUUAAAGUAUCCUCAGGUGGAUGCAUGUAGUGUAGUAGGAUUCGCCAAGUGUGCGCCAUCACUCCUAUCAAUGUUCCAGCUGUUCGUUCUCUGGAUCUUCACUUUUCCAAUCUUUGUAUUCUAUAUUAUAUUCACUCCACAGGAUUUAAGAAGGAUUGAGGAUGCCAAUGGCGACGUCGUUGGAUCAAGACGCGAGUUCAAAUUGGGCAAGACAUUCUUUGGACUCUUGAUCCUGUUCAUAUUUGUCAUCGCAUUGACUACACUCAUCCUGUUGGCAAAGGAUGGACCAUGUGAUCACACCUCAUACAUCUUUGGCUAUACAAUGGGACUGGUGUCUACAAUCGCCACAUUUAUCCAAUGGUCACCACAGAUAUACAAGACAUUCAAAGCUAAGACUGUUGGAACAUUCUCAAUAUUGAUGCUGCUCAUUCAAUGGCCUGGCAAUCUGUUGACGAUAUACUUCUUGAUAUUUGUAUCGCAUGAGAGUGUGUCGACUUGGUUGUCAUACGUUAGUGCGGCCAUCCAGAUUGCAGUGUUGCUCGUACUGCUGAUAUACUAUCACUUCAAGAACAAGAGAGCCAAGGCUGACUACAUGGUCAUCAAUGACGCAGUCGUCAACAUGGACGGUGAUGACAUAUCGCCAUCAUCACAAUCACCACCAUUAGGAUCCAAGUUAGCAUCUAAUGAUGAAUAUCAACCAUUGUUGAUAGAUGAAUGA